AUGCCUGGCUUAUUGAAAAAAACGAACGAGCACGCGGUGACGCCGGCGCUUCGUCUCGCUGGAAGCGAUGGCGCAAUCCAUACUAUCGACGAACUGAUCAAGCGACGAGCAUCAGAACUCGGAGAUUCUCCCCUGCUUUACUUUCCGAGAGAAGGUCUCACCGACUAUGAAGAGCAUUCAGCACGGGCGAUUGACGGAUAUGUUGAUGCGGCAGUUGACGCAUUACAGCGGAGAGGGCUGAAGCCAGCGGAUUUAUUGCUUGCUCAGGCACCAACCAUCGCGAUACUCGCUCCUUCUUCUCUGCAAUUUAUCAUCACUAUUCUUGGAUUGAACAGGUUAGGCUAUGCCGCCCUUCUUCUAUCCCCGCGGCUCGCCAGUCCAGCAAUAUGUUCAUUGCUUGAACAAGCCGAAUGCGGCAUUAUACUCACAACUGCACAAUUUCACGAUUCUUUGGUGCAAGUGCGCAAUGAGAAGAGCAUUACGGUGCUCGAGAUGCUCGAGCACCACGAUUACUACAAGGUAGAUGCACCAGUGUUCCAUCGCACAUACGACCCGGAACGUGAGAACCCCAAGAGAGUUGUCAUCAUUCAUUCAUCGGGAUCGACAGGCCUACCAAAACCCAUCUAUCUCACUCAUAGAAGCUGCAUCGCGACUUUCGCGCUGAAUCUAGAUCGGAAAGCUUUGAUGACACAGCCGCUAUUCCACAGCUUCGGUUUUUACGAAACCUUCCGAUCAAUCUACUCCGGAAAGCCCAUGUACUAUGUCAACUACAACUACCCAAUCACGAAGCAGAACCUCCUAGCCACAAUCGAGCACGUAAAGCCGGAUCUCUUAUUCUGCGUACCCUAUAUUCUGAAACUCCUCGCAGAUUCAGAUCAGGGGCUCAAGGCCCUAGCCAACAUUGAUCUGAUUAUGUACGGAGGUAGUGCUUGUCCUGACGAUCUGGGCGACAAGCUGGUGAAGCACGGCGUUAAUAUCUGCGCAAACUACGGCUCGACCGAAAUCGGGCGAGUCAUGACAUCUGUCCGACCACGAGGUGACGAUGCUUGGAACUACCUUCGCAUACUGCCCCAAGUCCAACAGUAUCUCUUGAUGGACGAGGUCGCCCCGAACAUAUUCGAGUGCGUCGCUCUGGACGGCCUUAAGUCGAAGAGUACCAUAAACUCAGACGACCCGCCUAACUCGUUCCGCACCCGAGAUCUCUUUGCGAAGCACCCUACGAAGCCAAAUCAUUGGAAGUACGUUUCACGUCUGGACGACCGCUUGACAUUGGUCAAUGGGGAGAAGGUACUUCCAAUUCCAAUCGAAGGCCGGGUACGUCAAGAAGCGCUCGUCCAAGAAGCCAUCGUUUUCGGAGACGGCAAGACAGUCCCAGGCAUCUUGAUCAUCAAGGCUGACGCGGCGACCAACAUGAAUGAUGAGGAGUUCCUACAGCACAUCUGGCCUGCUAUUGAGGACGCAAACUCUCGCGCAGAAAGCUUCUCCCGCAUUCCGCGAGAUCUUAUUGUUAUGCUGCCGUCUGGGAUAAAGUACGCUACCACAGACAAGAGCACGUUCAUCCGCGCCCAAGUGUACGAGCAGUUCAAGCAGCAGAUCCAAGACGCGUAUGAGAAGUUUGAGAACGACACCAGCGGAUCCGUAGCACUGCCCCUUCCGGAACUCGAGGCGUAUUUGUCUCGACGAUUCUGUGAAGAGCUCGGCGUGGAGCUAAGCUCUCCCAAGUCAGACUUCUUCGCCUGCGGUAUCGAUAGCCUGCAGUGUCUGCGUAUGUGGAGCUUAAUCAAGAAGGAGAUCGAUCUGGGUGGCAAGCAAGCGGAAGUGGGACAGAACCUGCUCUAUGAGACUGGGAAUAUCGCCGCGCUUGCUCGCUACCUUCAUGGGCUACGCACAGGAGAGACAGAAGAUGUACAAGGCCACGAACAGAUCAUGAACGACUUGAUAACAAAGUACUCGAAUAUCAUACCUGCUAUACGGCCAGCCAACAGGCGACAUGUUGUUGCUUUGACUGGUGUCACCGGGGGACUGGGUGCUCACUUGCUCGCGCAACUUGUCGAGAAUCACGCGGUCCACAAGGUGUAUGCUCUUGUCCGAGCGUCUUCUGACAUGGCUGCACUGAAACGAACUUUGGAAAGCUUAUCUGCGCGGGGCCUUAGUCCCACACGAGAGCAGCUGGAAAAGCUCGUUGCCCUUCCGGCCGAUUUUAGUAAAUCAGACUUCGGUCUGGGGAAAGAGGAAUUUAGCGAGCUUGGAAGGAAGCUCACCCUGGUCAUCCACAGCGCCUGGGCGGUAAACUUCAACAUCUCCUUACAAAGCUUUGAGAAAGAGCAUAUAGCCGCUGUACAGAACUUGAUAAAUCUCUGUCAGAGUAAUCCUGAUGGAAACAAAGCAAGCUUCUUCUUCUGCUCAUCCGUCUCUUCCGCUGCUGCGAUGCCGCGACCAGGAACAGUGCCAGAAAGUCCUGUCGCGAACAUCUCACACGUUCAGAAAACAGGCUACGCGCGCUCGAAAUAUGUCGCUGAGCACAUCGUUCUUAACGCGGCGAAGCGCGCGGGUGCGGAUGCUAGAGUGCUGCGGAUAGGCCAACUUGUUGGCGACUCCAAGAUUGGGCAGUGGAAUACUACUGAAGGUAUACCGCUCAUGAUACAGACUGCCGUCACGCUAGGCGCGCUACCAGCUCUCGACGAAGAAAUGUCUUGGCUGCCUGUUGAUUACGCCGCCCACAUCAUUCUUGAUUGUUGCGACAUCCACGACUCCAGCUCACCUGUUUUCAUCCCUCCGCCUGAUCUCGUCUACCACGUUGUCAACCCCACCCUCUUCCACUGGACGCGCGACUUGCUUCCUGCUCUUGCUGCUGCUGGCUUCAAAUUUAAAACCCUGUCUACAGACCAGUGGAUGGAGAGACUGCGCAACUCGGAGCAAGACCCUAAGAAAAACCCUCCCAUCAAGCUGCUGGAUUGGUUCGAAGGAAAGUACGGGUAUGGCGCGAGUACAAAGAACAAAGGCGUUUUGGUGUAUGAAACAGAAAAGACGAGUGCAAAGAGCGAGAGCAUGAGGAACAUUCCGAGUGUGACGGAUGUGGAGUAUGUCAGGAAAGUCAUUGAGAGAUUGCAGGAGGAGUGGAGAACAUAA